AUGCAUUCCCCCUUUGAGGCCGUCCAUGGCCACGAUCGAACUUUUGUUCGAAGAAUGACACCAGCAGAGUACGUACAGGAGUUAGAGGAAGAGGAGAAAGAGCUGCGUGGUCAGGUCAGUGAGCUCGAGGAUGCCGUGGGAGGCCAUUGUCUUGGCGGCCGCAAAGCAAAGCAGUACGAGCUCCGGCGUGCGGCCUUAACUUCGCGCGAUCCGCUUGUGACCUUCUCGUCCACGUUUCCGAUGUAUGAUCGUCUCGGUCGCGAGUUGUGUGUCAUGUAUCAAAUACACGACUGGGACCUCCAACAGGAGCGCGAGCGCCUGCGACAGGGGGGCGAGGAGCAGCAGUGCCGUCGCUCCGGUGUCCGCCUCAGCAAUGAGUUGUGCAUCGAUUCAUUGCCUUCUCGCGUAUUUUCCAUGCCAGGUAAAGGUUCCGCCACAGUUGAUGGCAAAGUCGUGGCACCAAAGGUGGGAAUAGAGGAAGAGGUGGAUGUUUCGGUUUCAGCUAUGAGCCGGAACUCCUCUUACCCACGCACGUAUUCUGUCUCGGCGCGUCCGUCGGAGUUUUCCAUUUACCGCGACAGUGUCAAAACGUCAGCUCUGAUGGAAACUCUUAAGAACAUCAACGGUGUUGGUGACAGGCGUAAAAUUGGAAGCCCAGUACCGCCACCCUCCACCGCAGGAGCACCAAACCUGGGCAUAGGGACAGUGGUCACAUCGAACCCUGAAAAAUAUGACGACGUGAUGCCGUUUAGCACUCACCACGGCAAGGAUGUGGUGUCAAGCCGGCAUGAAGCCCAUAGCAAGGAAAAUGCUCUUGCUGGCGUCGGGGUAACCUCGGAGCCUACCGAGCCUGACGCGGCUCGAUGGCCACGUAUGAGGAAGAUAUUCGAGGACGCACCCCUGCAGGCGCAUCGUGCAACGGGCAGUAAGCGUGCCCGAAGUACAUCGCGGUUAAGCAGAGUUUCCUACGUAGACGGUUACGAGGACCAGAAGAAGACGCAAAUGGCAGUGGAAUUUGCGCUGCAGCGCCGUCCGACUUCAUCGACCCCCCCGCCACGCCCCAGUAACAUGCGAAACCCUGCGGCACCAGCACUACUCGGCGAAUAUGCCACAGGGGAGGUCGCUACGGCCAUCGCGCCGGGUUAUGAUCCAAUUCGUUUGACAACUGUUCGUGACUCGGUAGCCCCACGUAUCACAACACAACUAUUUCGCCCAACCUGUGGUGGCGCACAGACUAGACGAUACACCACAACCCUUGCCCAUACUCACUUGAUUCCGAGCACAAUCUACGGGCUACAGGCCCCAGUAAUCGCUGCCAGCAAGGUACACAACAUAAUUGAGGACAAUUACCAAAACAUUACGGGCUCGUGCCAAAUUCUCGAAAGCUUUCCAGACACCCCAACACCGGAGUUACGGUGUGGGCUAGUCAUCCAAAUCGGCCAUCAUUGGUUUCGAUUGCUUUCCUUGUUUGUUGCUGCGGAGGUUUACGAGGUUGUGGAGGUGUACCCCCCACGCUGCAAACGUGGAGACACCGAAGGCACAUGUGAUACCGGUCUGGCGGAGCCACACUCCCCACAAACGUCGGUGUUUCCUGAUCGACAGGCAGUGCCUCCCGGCAAGACGCUUCCUGCCAGCGUUUCCGCUUCAGAGGCUGGUACGUCUAAGCCCCCUAGCGAGAAGGUCCUUAGUCAAGGAGAAGGCGAGCCGAAUCCAGUCGCGGAAAACAAAUCCACAAGGGAAAAAUACUCAUCGGGGGUUAAUGCUUCUGAUGUGGAGUGUGUUCCCGUCCGUCCAGACGGCCCACAAACCCUUCUUUACCGUUGGCGUACUCAUUACCUUCCUUUCAAGGGCAAAGAAAGUCAACGUGCGGCAUUGGGUCUUACACUUGCUGCGCCAGAGGUAUUCAUACAUGGGUUUGACUUCGCAGAUGGCGGGCUUACGUUGAUGACGAUUCCCCCAGGCUACCGCGCGGUCCCGAUGAGCAUCUUACCCCUUUCCUCAGCCUCUUAUAUGACUUUGCUGAAGACCGUUCUGAGGCUGUUGUCCUUUAUGGUGGCACGCCGCAUUGUUCACGGCAAUAUGACCUCUCUGGGAGAGCUGCUGUUAGUCCACCCAGUGGAUGGAGCUGGGGUAUCCAGAGAGGAUACGUUGGGUGCCAAUGGCCUAGCCACGCUCCCGUUGGUGGUACCUGUUCAUUGGGAGCGUUCUCUUGACUUCAGCAUGUUCGUGGACCGAAACGCUGGUCGCACCAUUCCCUAUGAUACCGAGGACGGCAGCGAGAGGCCCUUACUGACGUAUGGCAGGGAUCUUGCAACUAUUCUGAAUUGCUUUUUGGAACAUAAACUGUCUGAGGAACUCAACUCGGAGCAGUACGCACUCUUGCAGCGGCUUAUUAUUAUGACUGGGGAACCCACUCAGGUUGCCAAUUUCCUUGUUCAGAUAAAAAAUAUAAUGAGCACACUUACUACAGAUUUGGUUGCACUUCAGCAAGUCCAUAAAGCAGCGGUACCGUUUUACGGUGGCGAUGCGUAA